UUGGUGAGAGCUGACAAAAUGGCAGCUUACGUUUGGAAACAUUUUAACUGCAAUAAGAAUCAACUAUGCUUGGAUACAGUAUUAAAUUGUGGUCAAUCCUUUAGGUGGAAAAAGAAUGAUCAAGGUGAAUGGUUAGGUGUAAUGGCUGGCAUGGUUUGGAGACUGAAGCAGGCAAAUGAUCAGAUCUUAUAUCAAGUUUAUGGACCAUCAAAUUCAAAACAUAGUACAAGAUCUGCACCUGUAUCAAAACUAAACGACAAUGCUGAUAAAGAUGAAAUUAAACAAGAACAUUUAGACUUUAAAAAUGUUGAUUCUUUGGUUUCAAAAGACACAAAAGUAACAGGUAAAAGAAGAAAAACACCAUUAGUUGCUACUUCAACAAAAACAUUUAAAAAGUUCAAGAUUGAAGAUGUGGUGAAAGUUGAAAAUGAAGUAAAGUGUGAUGAACAUGAAGUACAGCUGUUGCAGGAUUAUUUCCAACUGGAUGUGGAUUUAGAAGAAUUGUACCAGCACUGGUCUUUAAAAGAUCCAAAUUUCCAAAAGGUGGCUGCAGCAUUCACUGGCAUUCGUAUACUUCGUCAAGACCCCACAGAAAACCUUCUUAGUUUUGUAUGUUCCUCUAACAAUCAUAUCUCUCGGAUAUCCAGUAUGGUUGAAAAGCUCUGUCUACACUAUGGAAACUUUAUCUCUAAGGUAGACAACAUAGAUUACUACACAUUUCCAGAGUUUUCUUGUUUGUGUGGGGACGAUGUAGAGGCAAAGCUCAGACAGUUAGGUUUUGGCUACAGAGCCAAAUUUAUAGCAAGCAUCGCCAGGAACAUCACACAAGAGAAACCUGCGCAGUGGUUGGAGUCACUCAGAUGGAAAAGUUACAGUGAGGCUAAAGCAGAGCUCAUGACAUUGUUAGGGGUGGGAGCAAAGGUAGCUGACUGCGUCUGUCUGAUGUCACUAGACAAGCCUGGGGCACUGCCUGUUGACACUCACGUAUGGCAAAUUACCAGGAAGAACUACAUGGCUAAACUGCAGACAGCUAAAUCUUUGACUGACAAAUUGUAUCGAGAAAUAGGUGACUUUUACAGAAGUUUAUGGGGACCCUAUGCUGGUUGGGCUCACUCUGUGCUCUUCACCGCUGAUCUCAGGCACAAUAAAGAAAAGAACACAGAAGAGCUACACACUUCGACAGAGCACUGCUUGAAACCAAACUCAAGGGGGAAAAAUCGGUCGCCCAAUCACUUUGUCAAACACACAAAAAAUAAAAAAGUCUGUUAAAAUUUA